GAAAGUGAACCCCAACUAAACUCUGGGUUUAUUUUCUUGGUUUAUUCUGGGGUUACUCCGGGUUUACUAGAGUGGACCCUGAGUAAACCCCGAUCAGAAGUAUAUCCCGGACAGCAGACGCUACAUGUGUUUUCGGAAUAUACAAGAGGCAGGAAUUCCAGACGGUCGACAUCUUGACGCCUUGGACGAUGAUACAACCGUCACGAUUGUAGACUUUGGAACGAAUGACGGAAGAAAUAUUUUUCCAUUCAUGAAGAUAAUGAUAGAACAAAUUCAACGCCGAUUAAAGACGUGCGACAUUAAUAUUGUCCUCAAUGACCAACCAACAAACGAUUUCAAUGAAUUGGCGAAGAAUGCUGAAGCUUUCCAGAGAGAAAUGAACGACCAGUGUCUUCAUGUGAUGAUCAACCCUGGAAAUGCAUAUCGGCGCUGUCUACCCCGCUCAAGUAUUGAUUUGGGAACAUGUACCUUAAUGGUGCAAUGGCUUUCUACGUCGGUGAAACUUAAAAAUCUGUUGCUCUAUUCUCCUGAUCAUAUGGUAAGCGACCAUGAAAAAAGUGAGAUAACGUGUUUAGCUGCACAGGAUUGGAAAAGCUUCAUACAGUCAAGAUCUAAAGAAAUGAAAACAGGCGCUAUUAUGCACGUUAGUAUUCCCACCGGUUGGAAGAAUUUUUUCCAAAUAUGUUCAUCUACAUUUCAUCAGCUUUUGGAAAGAAAUGUGAUUUCAAAAGAAGAGUUGCAAAACACUACUAUCCCUAACUACCCUUUUCGAUCAGAGACCGAUAUAAAAGCACCAUUUGAAGACAUCGGCGAGGAAAUUGAUGUUAAGCUUCUGGAUGUGUCAACGAGAAAACUCAGGUUUUAUGAGAAUAAGGACAUUGCAGACUGUGCUAGAUCAUGGAUAUAUCAUGGUAUGGUGGCCGGACUCUGUCAAACAAGAAACAACGAAGAAGCUAACGAUAUUUGUGAAGCGUUUUUCGAUGAUUUAAAAGUUCAACUCCUUGGACGAAAAUGGAUAGACUGUGAAAUGUUCGAUGUAAUUUUUCAAAAAAUAUAAUGAAUCCUUAUAUCGUGUAGAUGUAUAUUUCACUUUAUUCGUUUUGUGCUUUAAUCAGUGUUCUUUUAUUUUAAAAUGAAUGGCAAAUCAUUAGGAAAAUGAUUUAAUGUGUAUUAUUAUUAUUACAUUAUAAUAAUUAUAGUCUUCUAUUUAUCUGAUUCAUUUCUUAUCUACGCAUUCAUAUUAUAUCAGCAUAUCCAGUACAGCUUUGAAUGCUUUUUUGGUGGAGCUGUGUCUAAAACAUUUUUAAUUUUCUAUAACUGACAACGGCUAGUUCGACCAUACACUGUAUGUGGUACAGGAAGUUUCCAAAUGAAGGUAUUUAGAAAUAGGAACCAAAUAUUUAGUCAUAUUAUAUCUCUUUUUUUAAAGUCUAAUAUAAUCUUUAUGAAAGAUGCGCGUGUGCGAUUAACAAAAAGAGAUAAGUGUAUACAUAUGUAAACUUUGCGCAGUUGAUUUGGCAUUCAUUUGGUAAAUAAAAUGGUUUUUUACUUUACUAAAUUAUAAUUAAUAGCUUAUUAAUUCUUUUCUGAAAAUUUAAGAAAGAUCUUAUGGUUAAUUGACUCACGAUCCAGCCUCAUUAGGUGCAGUUAUAAUUUGUUUGCAAUGACCAUUCUUAUGAAUAAAUUAACGAAACUUGUAUUAAUUGUUUUGUAGGGGUGUGUUGUUUUAAUAAACUCUCUUUAUGGUGUUGUUCACACCUACAGGUAUUAUGAAUUCUUUAAUUAUGCAAAAUUGAUUAAAAUCCUGUGGAUAAAAUGUCCAUUCCGGCAAAUGUUUGGGCAUUUAUAGUAAGUUUACUAUAUCAAACUAUAUAUUUUUAGAAAGAUGUAAA